AUACGGACCGAACCUGAUGCACAUGAGCACAUCGCGAAGUUCUCCGCAGGCGCUGCGAUCAGGACCUCCAGCAGGCUUCAUUUGUGAGGGAUUGUGAAGGUCCAGUUUUUUUUUCUUGUCACCGUUAUUGCCUAAAUCAUUGGGCAAUAUGAAAUCAUUGCCAGUAUGAGUGACAUCCACAGGACAUGCAAUUUCCCUUAGAAGCGAAGCAAAACAUUUCCGUUUGAGGAACUUUACAGCUCGAUGUCAUCCCGAAGCCGGACGAUGCGCGUUAAACCCUUGAGAUAGAUAGCGGCAUUAGCCGCCUUAUUGCACGAGACUUGCACUAUGCCUUCCCUACAUCAGGGCGCUAUUUUUAUUGGGGUGUUUUUGAUAGUGACCGGUGGCUCCACCGCUUUUCUAACUUCUAACCAAAGUAAACUUCAGGCGUUCAGUAUGUGCUGCGUGGUGCUCGGGGCGGUGAUGCUGAUAUUAGGACUCUUCUGGGCUAUGAAUGGAAAAAGAAACCCCGUGCCGUACAACGAAGAGUUCAGCCACGACUACAGCCAAGUCCUUUUCACCCCACCACCUGGAAGCCACUUUCCUGAAUCUCAGUCCGUUUUUCUGCACGGGACUUUGCAGAGGCGAGGCGUGUACGGUGAGGACUUGGACUAUCCUCCAAUGGAGCCAGCAUGCUUCAGUCCUACCAUUCGGGGUCGGCCGCCUCACUGGGACUUGGAACCUCCUCCACCUUAUGAGGUGGCCAUCAAAACAACUACAAGCUCAACACGACUGAGACGCAGCUAUUCUGACACACACCUGCUGACUGAACCCCUCUUCGGGCGCUCACGGGAGAUCAGUUUUGAGGUUUAACAUACAAAACAAAGACCAACGAUCCACAAGUUGUCGAGCAGGUGUUCUGAUCUUAAACCUGGUUUCAUAGCCCUAUUCAUGCUGAAAUGUAGGAUUCUGUGACUUGUCAAUUUAAAUGUAGUGUUAAUAUAAAAGUGUAGCAGCACUUUGAAAACAAGUGAUUCAUCUUUUUUUUAACAACGUCAUUUGUGAAAAAACACAUCCUAGCUUCAAGGCAUUUAAAUAUCUUAUCACUUUAACUUAAAAACAUUUUUUUGUGUGUAUGUAUGUGUGACACAGGCCACUGGAACAGAAGCGUUUACCUCUCAUAGGAUGCAUUUGUCCUCCACUGCCACUUUUUUUCUAAAAAAAAGGGCAUGGUAUUUAAACAUUUGUGUUAAACACGGUUCAGAACUGAGCUAGAUCAGGGACAUUGAAAAGUGUUUAGUUGGUUUAUUUAUUUAUUUAUUUUGGAGACUCUCAGGGUGAAACAAUGUGUUACCUUUAUUGGAUAUUUUCAUUGAAGAUAAGCACACAGUCGUUACAGUCUCAAAACGAAAAUCACAAGCUUGGCCGACUUAAGAGUUCUGUUCCAAAGAGACGAUUUAUAAAUAAGGCAAAUAUUGUGGUGCAUGAUAAUGGUACCCCAUCUCUGCUGAGAAAACCACAUAGCCACACAGUGCAUUACUUUGUUUUAUGGGGAACUAAUGCUCUCCUUAUAUUGUUUGAGACGCUACAAAACAUGACUUUCGCUGUGGCCACUUCCUCUGACUCAACCAUUAUAAUGAUAUUCAUCUUUUAACAAGGGCACUUCUGGGUAAUCCAUUAUCACAUGCUUUGACCAUAUAUGGUAUGUUUACUUCAAACUGCAGAGACAAUCAAUGUGAUGUUUGCAUCA